AGAAACCAGUCUAUUGUCGUCUGCUACUAUUUUUAGCGGCUAAAAUCUCGGUUAUCUCAAAAAUAUCAUAUAAGAACGAGUUAUAUACUAUUUUACCCAAUAACAGGGUCUUUAAAAGUAUGUUAAAAACCAAUUGAAUCAAACUUUUACUUUAUUAUCCCAAUAAGAUCGCUACUAAUUGAUUAUUUAUUUUACGAAAAAAGGCGGGAAGUUUGAACGUCUCUAUUAUAAAAAGAUGGAUUCUUCAAUGGAAAUCGAAACUAUAUCAGAAUCAGUUAAGAAUGAUGAACCCUCUAACGAAACAAAUAAAUCUAAACAGAAAUCGAACAAUUCUAAACUUCCGUGGGUUGAAAAGUAUAGACCAAGCAAGCUACAUGAAGUUGUUGGAAAUUCCGAAACAAUAAAACGAUUAGCCGUAUUCGCCAAGAACGGGAACGUUCCCAAUGUCAUUAUAGCCGGACCACCAGGGACAGGAAAAACAACAAGUAUACUAUGUCUAGCCAAUGAACUAUUAGGUGAUCUUUCAAAAUCAGCCGUUUUAGAAUUAAAUGCAUCACACGAUCGAGGAAUUGAUGUAGUAAGAAAUAAAAUCAAGAUGUUCGCUCAAAAAACUGUGAAUCUACCUCCAAACAGGCAUAAAAUCAUUAUUCUGGACGAAGCUGAUAGUAUGACUAUGGGAGCUCAACAAGCUUUGAGAAGAAUUAUAGAAUUGAAUUCGAAUACAACAAGAUUUGCCUUGGCUUGUAAUGCUUCUGACAAAAUCAUAGAGCCUAUUCAAUCAAGAUGUGCUAUGCUUCGCUACUCCAAAUUAAGCGACGCCCAGAUACUUGAUAGAGUUUUAGUUGUAUGCCAGGAGGAAAACGUAAAAUAUACGGAUGAUGGUUUAGAAGCUAUUGCCUUAAAUAACCUACAAUCAACCUUUGAAGGAUUUGGUUUUGUGAAUAGCGAUAACGUGUUCAAAGUGUGUGAUGAACCGCAUCCAAAUUACGUAAAAAAUCUGUUGACACACUGUGGAAAGUCAGAGUUUGACAAGGCAUAUGAAAUAGUUUCAUAUCUUUGGAAUCUAGGUUAUUCUCCCGAAGAUAUUAUAACAACAAUAAUGAGAGUAUGCAAAACUCACGAUAUGCCUGAAUUUAUGAAAUUAGACUUUGUUAAAGAAAUAGGGUUAACUCAUAUGAAAGUUAUUGAAGGUAACGGAAGCUUAUUGCAAAUGGCCGGAUUAUUGGCUAGAUUAUGCAAAGUUGCUAAUCCGGUUUGA